UUUAUAGGGUUGUUCUUAAAUUCAGUCUUUCAGAUAGCGUCUUAUCUCCCGAGGAAAAGUGGCCACUGGGAAUUGUAGCCCCUUCGCAGUAAUCGGUCACCAAUGAAAACCGUGGAGCCAAAGAUAGCGCUACCCAGUAUGUCUGAAUCGGAUCCAAACCCAUUUGACAGACUACUAGGCAAGGUGAAUCCUUCGAGUAAUGGUGGAACCUUUGCACAGCCAAGCCUCUUGGGUUGGCUAAGUAGGCUAAGGUAUGGGAUUGAAAAGGCGAGUAUAAAUCUUCAGAUAGGGUGCUAGAGCUUUCGUCUAAGAUGGGUUUGCUUCCCAGGCAUUAGAACAAGAUUAAUUUUGGUGAUCUCAUAACUUUUGUGGGGUUUAGUAGGAUAUA